AUGUCUAUAUUUGGUAUUUGUAAUCUUGAUCGUCUUGAGCAGUACUUAAAUAGUAGUUUAACGAAAUUAGAAAAUCUUACCAAUGACAACGAACAAUUACUCGUAGAUACCAUUAAAACAAUCGACACGCUUACUGUCUACAACAUAUCACUUUUAUGCAAACCAAAGAUUUUCUCUCACAAAGUAUUUAUUAAGUUUCGAUAUUGCUACAACGUACAGCUUAGUGUAUGGAGAGCAGAACAACAUCGUUUGAACGGUUACGCACAAGAAGUUUUGUCAAAAGUAGGAAAUUUGUUUGUUACUUUAAGUGAACACAUUGAUGAUGCUGAUUUGCAAAUAUACGAAGAGUUUCUUUUCGAAAAAACCCUUAUCGAAGAACUUUGUUUAUGUUUGAAAAAUGUCAUUUAUUAUAUCGACGAUCCAACCAUUGGACAUAUUAGCCAAUUCAUUUUUGCACUUGGACGCUUUCAAUAUAAUGGAAGAACUUUACAGAACAACUCACUGCAAGAAGAUCUACUCAAUGCUAUUCGUGAGUGUCUUACAUCUCUAUGGUAUGAGAUGUGUCUUUCUGCAGAAAUGACUGUCGAACAAUCAAAUGUAUAUUAUAAUUGUCUUGAUUACGUAUUAGGCUGUUCAGAUGAACAUUACAAGCGUUGUUGUGAAUUCAUAUCAAUGAAGUUGAUCAAAACGUUUCCACGAUGGUUUCAUGAACAAGUGAUUAAUGGGUCGAUUUUUCAUUGGAAUGAGCAAAUCACAUCUAUUAGUUCAAAAUUAAUCACCAUUUUAACAAGUCAAAUUCGACAAUUUGAGAACGGGGUUGAAGGGGAUUAUAUGGAUUCGUAUAAAGUAUUGACUGAAUCAUUGCUUAUUGUCCUUUCGAAAAUUUCAACGGAAGAUGAGUUUAAUCCGCGAAAAAGUCUUUUUAUUGAAAAUAUGGCUAAUUUAGCAUUGAAUUCCUACUUACUCGACAUGAUUAAGCAAACGGAUUUGUCUCAAAUAUAUCCGUACUUAAUUGAGAAAAAUCAACAAACUAAUAUACAAAUGAAUGCAUGUUGUCUAUUAUUGUCAACUUUAUCUGAUACAGAAACUUCUCUACUUAUUGAUCUGAGAAAGGUCAUCGGUAUAGUGUUAAAAAGUUUAAUCCCCUAUACAGACACAUCGAAAUGUCGACGUCAUUUGAUAGCGACCAUGACUCAUUUACAACGAGGAUUUCAAUAUGAAACAAACAGAAGAGAAUUUAUCGAACAAGAUGGGCUGUCUCGAUUGAUACAAUUUGCAACGUGUUGCAAAAAGAAUUCUUUCGAGCUACGUGAUAUGGCCUUGAAAAUGAUUUGUGUUCUAGCCAACUGUUACACAGAUGAUAUCAACAAUGUUGUUGAGUCUCUUCCGGAAAUCAUGCCGGGGAGUGAACAAGAAUGGUUACUAAAAUCUUGGAAACUUCACAAUUGGAACAAUGAUACGAAAACUGCAUGUUCAAGCGUAUCAGGAACCAUACCUACACACAACUAUGAUCCGACAAUAGCAUUAAAAGCUUUAUUAAAACAGGACAAGCUAAUCGAUGAGAAACAUAUGAAAGCAGUUGCACAACGUCAUCGCGAGGAUAUCCUUUUAGUUUGGAUAUAUAAGGACGAGGAUGAGAAGACAUUAAGAGAUAGUAUCGUUCAUUUACGUAGUCUUAUACACAUUGUUCGCAUAUACUCCUGCUUGAAAUGUGCCGAAGCCGUCACAUUCAUUUUAAACAAUCGCCAUGAGAAUAUCUUUGUGCUUCUUCAUGCUUCCAUACAGAGAUAUGUCGUAAGAAAAAUUCAACAUGCCAUCCAUAUCGCUGCUAUUACUGUUUAUGAUGCUCCUCAUUCUUCUACAAAAACAUCAACCGAACUUGAACAGACCAGCUUGGUACGGUAUGAAGCUGACUUUCAAUGCUCCGUUGAUGCUUUAUCAAUUAUGAUUCAAUCAUAUCAAAAUCAGACAUUUUGGUUCUAUGAAUCAAAACAAACCCGAUGCGCAGAUCUGUCGACUGAAUCAGCGAGUUUUCUGUGGCAGUUUCUUCUUACUCGUAUUCUUAACAAAAUGCCCCCAGUCGACAUGAAUGACUUUAUCGAUUUAGCUCGGCAAUGGUAUAAAAACAAUCCACUAUGUUUGUACCAGAUUGACUACUUUCGUAAAAAGUACGACAGCAGUGCAGUUACUGGCUGGAUUUUCACCAAAGGUUCAUCAUUUGUUCAGCGUUUACUUCAAAAAGCAUUCAAAGAAGUUGAUAUGCAAAUCAUAUGGGCAGCUCGUUUUUUUAUCAUUGAUCUUAUGAAAAUCAUUGAGUCACAGAACGGUUUUAAGCGUCAUGCAGGUCAUAUUACGCUGGGCGAAUUAAUGAGUGUGAAACGAAUGCAGUUUCUGUUGGAACAUCAAGAUACACUUCUAAUGGCGAAAGGUUUUCUAGUUGGACGUAGAAACUUAGAAAAGACAAUAGGAGAUUUACAAAAGCGACCACGUUGUAAAGAUUCUGUUCAUUCUAUUCUAUUUGAGGUGGAUCCCGAGAAUCAUUGUUCAGUUUUGGUUUUGAAUGAUGAAUAUGUUUUGUUUGGACUUGAUGUUUCUUUUCGUAUAUGUUCAAUCAGAUAUGAUCAAUCACUUGAUAUUUAUAGAAUCCAAUUACGAGUGUUAAAUAUUAAUGAACUGUGGCAGAACCACAUAGCAUUACUCCAAGAAGUUGGUGAAUGUACUGAUGAAAUCAUUUUAUUUGGUACUUUGCUUGCCGAUAUAAAUCGAGUUCCAGCCGCCAUGGAUUAUUAUUUAUCACGUAUGAAUGAAUUCACAUUCGAUCCGUUGUUGAACGCUCAUCGUUUGGUUCAGCUUGGUCGAAUUGCCCUGCGGUGCAACAGAACAGAAAAGGCUGAAAACUAUUACAUUAUGGGUCUGACUCUAUAUGAAACACUCUUAUCGGAAAAUGAUCCAUGUUUUAUUCGUCUGUUGCUUGACCUUAUGUUUGUUUAUGUCAAAAGGGAAAUCAGUUAUCAGGCAUUUUGUAUUUAUGAACGAAUUCGACCUGUUUUGACAGAAGAAUCCAUAUCUGUAUGGCAAUCACUACUUUCAUGGAGUCAAGGAUUAAUAUGUUCUUGUCGACUAAUAGCAUCUGGUCUUCAACAAACUAAUCAAACACUCAAUAAGUACUUCAUAUCAUAUAAACAGUUGAAUUAUCAAUGCACUCAUCCAGUCCUUAUCGGUGGAUUAGCAAUUGACAUAGGCGACUUUGCAUACAAACAAGGGUAUAUUCCUCUUAGCAGUGAUUGCUAUCUAUUUGCAUUUGAAAUCGCUAAUCAGAAUCUUCCACUUUGCCAUCCGAUGGCUAUGGCCAGUUUAAGACGUCAAUUAAUCAAUGCUGACACAUAUUCUCGAAAUGACAAGCUUACAAUUCGUGAAAACCGACUUUUACCUUUAUUACAACACAGCUUAAACGAUAUAAACGACGAUGAUAAUCAACAAAUUGCCGAUACUAUGCGAAAAAUCGGUUUUGAAUAUGUUACAAAUGGUAUAAACGAAAUAGCAAAGUUUUACAUAGAAAAAUGUAUAACAAUUUAUCGACGACAAAUACCGGUUGACGAAGUCGCUUUAAAUGAAUGUCAAGCAUAUAUUUUUGAAACAGAAAAUCAAGCAGCCUUUAAAUUUUUCAUUACAGAUUGUAACAAAGCUUUACAUGAUAUCUGUUGGAGCGCAUGGUAUAGGUAUACUCAUCCCUACGAUCCUGCAGAAGUCGAAGAACAACAACAAAUAUGGGACACAGCUUUGUCGAGUUUUUUUUACAAUAUGACAACAGAAUCUGGAGUCGUUUGUCGAUCACUCAUUGUUUGGAUUGAUACAAGAAAAGAUGCAAAUAGAAAUAAUACUUUAUUAGAAAGGUUGAUAAGAAGUAAUGAGAUUGAAUUACAUGUGUUUGAUAAUGUCGAUUUGGCUGUUACUUUUCUUUUGGGGAAAGAUUUUCAACACGUACGGGUAGUAGUAGCUAAUAAUAUAGCUGAUGCUUUCUUUAACAAGCAGAAAUCACGUCAAUUGCAAACAAAUAUCUGUUUGACGAUGUGUGUAUUUAUCUUUGGGAUUGAUCAUGACGACGAAUUGUACAAAAACUAUCUAAGUUCACUACAAUGUAGCCGAAAAUGUUGGACACAAAUGUCGAAAGUGAUCGAACGAUGUCUCAUAAUGUCAGAUGAUGACUCAUUAUUGAAUGAAUUUUGUACACAACCAGAUAUUGUGGGAAUAGCAAUUGCUCCAAUGAUGCUUUUAGUUGAUGUUCAAGCAUUUGGGAAUAUGUUUUUCGAUGAAAUAGAUCCCAUGGAACAUCAAGUGUAUUUCGGUUCGGAUGACACGAAUUACGAAUUCAUAGGUUACAUGUCGGGCUGCCAAAUCUCUGCACCGAAAUUAUUUCAUCAUCUUCGUUUUGCGAAAUCAAUUAACCUUCCAAAACAUCAAGCUCAAAUGAUAGCAUUUAUUAUUUUUGGCAGACGACAUGGUCUGUCAUCGCGUCAGAUUGCAUCUAUAUGUCGAUAUUUUACACCUGGUCGUUGCAUUCAACCGAUCACAUUGAUCAAAUAUCUUGUUCGACUUUGGUCACUUGAGUCACCACCCUUCUACCAACUUGUUAACAAAGCAUUGGCAGAAUGUAUCAUCGAAGACGUACAUCUUCUACGUUUCAUUAUAUAUGAUUAUUUUGAAUUGUUUAAUGCUAAAUUGUUACCUUAUUAUGUCGGAACACUCUAUCGUGGAAUUCAAACAUCAAAAGAAUAUAUUCUUUCACUCGUAUCGCUCAUUGGUAAACAGAUCUAUUUUGUUUGUUUUACUUCAACAUCGAAAAAUAAAGCACGUGCUAUGGUUGGUGGAAACACUCUUUUCAUAAUUCAAACAAUGUCUGAACAAGAACAAGCGGAAUGUCGUAUACAAACCAAUGUGGACAUAACCUCGGUUUCACAAUUCUCUGAAGAAGAAGAAGUCUUAUAUGCUCCACUUACCACAUUUCUCUUGUUAAGUGUUACGUUUGUUCGAGAUCCAAAUGAGAGUAUCAAAUACAUUGUUAAACUGCGUGAACAAGCUUCAAGUCUUUUUUAUCAAUUAUUUAUGGAUAAAGAACGAUUUCCCAAUGGUACUCCGUUUGAAGACGGUACAGAUAUGUGGCAAUACAAAAGAUGA